GGUUGCCAGGAAGUGACGUUGCUUAGUUACAUGCCGGUUGUCACUCUCACAGCAACUUCUCUUCUUCAAAAGCAUUACUUAAAUUUUUGCAAACAUCUUCCUUCAUCUGUCUAUACUCUGUUGGAUACGAUGAGAACUGGGGCCAUAAAUAUCCUUUAUGAAGGCUUUUGCAGAUUCGGUGGUUAAAUUUGCAUCCAAAAACCAUGUUCAGUCCUAGUGAACUUGAAGGUGAAGUGGAUCACACUUUUUUUGAUAGUGACUGUGAAGAUGGAAAAGCAGAGGAUGGUAAAAAAGUGAACACCACGUCAACAACAACAACAACAACAACAACAACAACAGAAACAGACAUUUCAGCAACAAGUAAGAAGAUACAGCCAAAGCCAGCUGAUAGUAUAAUAUGUAUAUUAGAUGAUGGUGCAAAUAAAGAACCAAGGUCAGUGAAUAACAACAGCAAAGGCCUUGAAAGGAAAGAUGACUGUAAAGAGGUUCCCAGUACAAACUCCAACAAACACUUCAUGGCCAUGUUGGCUGAUGCUAAAUACGUUGAUGAAGAUGGGAAAGGCGUCAGAAAUUCAGGCUCAAAAAAUAAGAAUGCACAGGUAAAUAAAAAACAGGUCACUUAUGGCUGGCGUCCAUCUUCUGCAUCCUCUGAGGCCAAAGAUACAGAGUCUGCUUCAACUUCUGGACACAGUGAGAGCAGAGCAGGCUCGGCAGCAUCUAGAGAUGCUCACAGUGUCAGUUCAGAAGAGCCCAAUGACAUAGUGACAGAUGUGAGUCCCCUAUCUUCUCCUGCCAGCAGCCGUUUACAGUCCCUAAAUCUAAACCACUCUGAAACUGAAGAUGACAGUGUGGAGCAACAGCAGAGUGUGCCCUCCAGUGGCUUGUAUAGUGCACAACGCCAUGAGAACUUCAGUCAAGACGAAGAUGAUUACUCCUUAAGUUCUGUGAGUCGACUGGAUAGUAAUGUAGUUGUGCAGUUUCCUGGUUCAAGGCAUCGCAAGAACUACACGUUUUCCAACGAUGAGGUCAAGCGCAUAGAUCGUGAGAACCAGCGUCUUCUUCAGCAGCUUUCCCGUUGCUCCUCAGGUUUAAGACCAGGAAGUGCAGCAGGACAGAGGCAUUGUGUGACAUCUAGUAAACCACCAAAUCGUGUUUCACACAGCUCACUCAACAGAUUGCGAGAACAACAGCGUAUUGAACGGGACAAUCUGGCAUUUUUAAAAAGACUUGAAUCUGUAAAACCAACUCCGGGUAUGAAGCGUUCAGAGCAACUGGCUGAUUACCAGCGCCAAGCCGGUUACCUGGGAAUACGUUCUAUUUACCAGACCACCACAAAGAAAUCCUCCAGUAUAGGCCAUAUUCAAAACAAACCACCCCAUCAUGGUGCCAGAUCAACUUCCACUGCCACAGAGCUCAGCAGCACUCCUGCAUCCAGGACACGGAAACCCAAAGCAGCACCACCAGCCUGGAGUUGACCAGACAAUAAAGAGGAUAGAAACUAUCCUCCUCUGCUGUCUUUUUAUGUUAAUAUUUCAUGUGUGCUGCGUGACAAAACUUGUCCUUUAGAAAUAGGUACUGCACAUGUGACAUGAUCUGUUUGUUUUUGUCUAUACCUUUAAUGGUUGAUUCUACUCAUCCAUAUUACUUAUGGUGCACUUUAUGUUGUGUUUUAGUAAACUCUGCCAUUAUUUCAUGCUGUUGCAUGGAUCAACAUGGACAUGAGUUAAUAUUGUUGCAGCCUUAUAUUGUAUAUAAAGCAACUUUCCUUUAUAAUAAAUGGUUUU